CUCUCGCUUAUUGAAGGGAGCACAGAUUGUAUGACCGGAUCUGUUACAGUGUAAGCCGUAAAGGUUGCCUUUUGCCGAGAAAGAAUAAUCACACUACUAAAACCCUUGGAGGAUUUCUAUUUCUGUUUUCCGUGCAAGUGACCGCAGCCAUGAGCGCAGGAGAGGGACUGGAUGAGGCUGCAAAGGACGCGGCAGACAUAGCGGCGUUUUUCAAAUCCGAUUGCUCUCUUCCAAAAUGUGAACCCAAACUGGAUGGCCCAGGUCAAACUUCAGGGUUUCAUCGCAAUGAGGAUAUGAAGGCCAUUGAUGUGCUUCCCAUCCUCAAGGAAAAGGUUGCCUUUCUCUCAGGUGGCAGAGACAGACGUGGAGGUCCCGUCCUCACCUUCCCAGCACGGAGCAACCAUGACAGAAUACGACCUGAGGACCUGCGCAGGCUCAUUGCCUACCUGGCGACCAUCCCCAGCGAGGAGGUGGCCAGACAUGGCUUCACAGUCAUUGUGGACAUGCGUGGUUCUAAGUGGGACAGCAUCAAGCCUCUGCUGAAGAUCCUGCAGGAGUCUUUCCCUUCUUGCAUCCACGUUGCUCUCAUCAUCAAACCAGACAACUUCUGGCAAAAGCAGAGGACCAACUUCGGCAGCUCCAAGUUCGAAUUCGAGACGGUGAUGGUCUCCUUAGAGGGCCUGUCCAAGGUAGUCGACCCCUCCCAGCUGACAGCUGACUUCGAAGGCAGCUUGGAGUACAACCAUGAUGACUGGAUUGAGGUUCGGCUCUCCUAUGAGACGUUUGCUGGAGAUGCGGCCCGGGCCCUGGCGCGCCUCGAGGAGCUGCAGGAGACCUUGUCUCAGCGUGACCUCCCACGGGACCUGGAAGGGGCCCGACGACUCAUGGAGGAACACGCCGCGCUGAAGAAAAGGGCCACCAAAGCAUCAGUGGAGGAGCUGGACACCCAGGGACGAAGGCUGCUACAAAGACUACAGUCACAGACUGGGGGAGGUGGUGGUAGUGGAGAGGGGGGGUAUGGUAAUCGAACCGGUGGAGCCACUGGCGAUUCCAACGACCACCAUCACGGGCUCCACGCACAUGCUGAUGCACAUAACCUGGUGGCCAAAGUAACAGGGCUGUUGGAUAAGCUGCACGGGACGCGCCAGCACCUGCAGCAGCUGUGGCACAUGAGGAAGCUGAAGCUAGACCAGUGCUUCCAGCUGCGCCUGUUUGAACAGGAUGCUGAGAAGAUGUUUGACUGGAUCAUGCACAACAAGGGGCUUUUCCUGACCAGCUACACAGAGAUCGGAGGGAACCACCAACACGCCGUGGAGCUUCAGACCCAGCACAACCACUUCGCUAUGAACUGCAUGAAUGUGUAUGUGAACAUCAACCGGAUCAUGUCAGUAGGGAACCGGCUUCUGGAGUCUGGCCACUACGCCUCCCAGCAGAUCCAGCAGAUCUCAGGCCAGCUGGAGCAGGAGUGGAAGGCCUUUGCCGCGGCACUGGAUGAACGCAGCACACUGCUUGAGAUGUCUGCCAGCUUCCACCAGAAAGCAGACCAGUACAUGAGUAAUGUGGAGCCGUGGUGUAAGGCAUGUGGUGAGGGAGAGCUGCCUUCUGAGCUGCAGGAUCUGGAGGACACCAUCCACCAUCAUCAGGGACUGUAUGAGCAUGUUACCACUGCGUACUCUGAGGUAAGCCAGGAUGGCAAGUCUCUGCUGGACAAGCUACAGCGACCUCUGACCCCAGGCAGUGCCGAUUCCUUGACGGCAUCGGCCAACUACUCCAAAGCGGUGCACCACGUCCUGGACAUCAUCCAUGAAGUGCUGCAUCACCAGAGACAGCUGGAGAACAUCUGGCAACACCGCAAAGUUCGCCUGCACCAGCGCCUGCAGCUCUGUGUGUUUCAGCAGGACGUACAGCAGGUGCUGGACUGGAUCGAGAACCAUGGCGAGGCCUUUCUCAGUAAGCACACUGGCGUUGGGAAGUCUCUGCACAGAGCCAGGGCUUUGCAGAAGAGACACGAAGACUUUGAGGAGGUGGCACAGAAUACCUACACCAAUGCUGACAAGUUGUUGGAAGCAGCGGAGCAGUUGGCCCAGACCGGAGAGUGUGACCCAGAGGAGAUUUACCAGGCUGCCCACCAGCUAGAGGAUCGCAUCCAGGACUUUGUGCGACGUGUGGAGCAGCGCAAAGUCCUGCUGGACAUGUCUGUCGCCUUCCACACACAUGUCAAAGAGCUGUGGACAUGGUUGGAGGAGCUUCAGAAGGAGCUGUUGGAUGAUGUGUACGCUGAGUCUGUGGAGGCGGUGCAGGACCUGAUAAAGCGUUUUGGUCAGCAGCAGCAGACCACCCUGCAGGCUACUGUCAAUGUCAUCAAGGAGGGAGAAGACCUCAUACAGCAGCUCAGAGACUCAGCUAUCUCAAGCAACAAGACUCCUCACAACAGCUCCAUGGCCCACAUCGAGAGCGUGCUGCAGCAGCUGGACGAGGCUCAAGGCCAGAUGGAGGAGCUCUUCCAGGAGAGGAAGAUCAAGCUGGAACUCUUCCUCCAGCUCCGCAUCUUUGAGAGGGACGCCAUUGAUAUCAUCUCAGACCUGGAGUCAUGGAAUGAGGAGCUGUCCCAGCAGAUGAAUGAAUUUGACACAGAGGAUCUGACACUGGCCGAGCAGAGGCUGCAGCACCAUGCAGACAAGGCACUCACCAUGAACAAUCUCACCUUCGACGUCAUCCACCAGGGACAGGAGCUGCUGCAGUACGUCACCGAAGUCCAGGCCUCUGGCGUGGAGCUGUUAUGUGACCGAGAUGUGGACAUGGCCACACGGGUCCAGGACCUGCUGGAGUUUCUCCAUGAGAAGCAGCAGGAGCUGGACCUGGCGGCGGAGCAGCACAGGAGACACCUGGAGCAGUGUGUCCAGCUGAGGCAUCUGCAGGCUGAAGUCAAACAGGUGCUUGGUUGGAUCCGUAAUGGAGAGUCCAUGCUGAACGCCGGUCUGAUCACAGCCAGUUCAUUACAAGAAGCUGAACAACUGCAGAAGGAGCAUGAACAAUUCCAACAUGCCAUAGAGAAAACCCACCAGAGCGCACUGCAGGUGCAGCAGAAGGCUGAGGCCUUACUCCAGGCCAACCACUAUGACAUGGACAUGAUCAGAGACUGUGCAGAAAAGGUGGCAGACCACUGGCAGCAGCUGAUGCUGAAGAUGGAGGACAGACUCAAGCUGGUCAACGCUUCUGUGGCCUUCUACAAAACGUCUGAACAGGUGUGCAGUGUGUUGGAAAGCCUGGAGCAGGAGUACAAGAGAGAAGAGGACUGGUGUGGCGGCGCUGAUAAACUGGGCCCCAACAGCGAAUCAGACCAUGUUACUCCCAUGAUCAGCAAACACUUGGAGCAGAAAGAGGCCUUCCUUAAGGCCUGUACGUUAGCCAGGCGUAAUGCAGAUGUCUUCCUGAAGUACCUGCACAGAAACAGCGUCAACAUGCCUGGCAUGUUGUCUCACGUCAAAGCUCCUGAGACGCAGGUCAAGAACAUCUUGAAUGAGUUGCUGCAGAGAGAGAACAGAGUGCUUCACUUCUGGACCAUGAGGAAGAGGAGGCUGGACCAGUGCCAGCAAUAUGUGGUCUUUGAACGCAGUGCCAAACAGGCCCUGGAGUGGAUCCACGACACUGGGGAGUUUUACCUUUCCACACACACUUCCACUGGCUCCAGCAUCCACCACACACAGGAGCUGCUUAAAGAGCACGAAGACUUCCAGAUCACAGCCAAGCAAACCAAAGAGCGGGUGAAACUGUUGAUCCAGUUGGCAGACGGGUUUUGCGACAAGGGCCAUGCCCAUGCCCUGGAGAUAAAGAAAUGGGUGUCCUCGGUGGACAAGCGCUACCGGGACUUCUCUCUCCGCAUGGACAAAUAUCGGACCUGCCUGGAAACAGCUCUGGGCAUAUCCUCCGACUCCAACAAGGCUAGUAAAGAGCUACAACUGGACAUCAUCCCAGCCAGUGCUCCAGGGUCAGAGGUCAAGCUGAGGGAUGCUGCCCACGAGCUCAACGAAGAGAAGAGGAAGUCAGCCCGGAGAAAAGAAUUUAUAAUGGCUGAGCUGAUUCAAACAGAGAAAGCCUACGUCCGAGACUUACGAGAGUGUAUGGAUACGUACCUGUGGGAGAUGACCAGCGGUGUAGAGGAGAUUCCUCCAGGCAUCGUCAACAAAGAACACAUCAUCUUCGGCAACAUGCAGGACCUCUACGAGUUUCAUCACAAUAUCUUCCUGAAGGAGUUGGAGAAGUACGAGCAGUUGCCAGAAGAUGUGGGCCAUUGUUUCGUCACCUGGGCUGAUAAGUUCCAGAUGUAUGUGAAUUACUGUAAGAACAAACCGGACUCCACUCAGCUCAUCCUGGAGCAUGCUGGACCCUACUUUGAUGAAAUCCAGCAAAGGCACCGUCUUGCUAACUCCAUCUCCUCAUAUCUGAUCAAACCAGUGCAGAGAAUCACUAAGUACCAGCUGCUGCUCAAGGAGUUGCUGACGUGCUGUGAGGAGGGUAAAGGAGAGAUCAAAGAUGGUCUGGAGGUGAUGCUCAGUGUCCCCAAGAGAGCCAAUGAUGCCAUGCACCUCUCCAUGCUGGAUGGGUUCGACGGAAACAUCGACUCCCAGGGAGAGCUGAUUCUCCAGGAGUCCUUCCAAGUUUGGGAUCCCAAGACUCUGAUCCGGAAAGGUCGCGACCGACACCUCUUCCUGUUCGAGAUGUCUCUGGUCUUUAGCAAGGAGGUGAAAGACUCCAACGGGCGCAGCAAGUACCUUUACAAGAGCAAGCUGUUUACGUCAGAACUCGGGGUAACAGAGCACGUGGAGGGAGACCCCUGUAAGUUUGCCCUGUGGGUGGGCAGGACCCCCACCUCUGACAACAAGAUCGUCCUCAAGGCUUCCAGUAUUGAGAACAAGCAGGACUGGAUCAAACACAUCCGGGAGGUGAUCCAGGAGCGAACUGUCCACCUGCGCGGAGCCCUGAAGGAGCCCAUCCACAUCCCUAAAGCCACCACUGCUAAACACAAGGGUAGACGGGACGGAGAGGAGCUGGACAGCCAGGGAGACGCUAGCAGCCAACCAGACACCAUCUCCAUCGCCUCCCGUACCUCCCAGAACACACUAGACAGCGACAAGCUGUCCGGUGGCUGUGAGCUGACAGUGGUGAUCCACGACUUUGUGGCCAGUAACGGCGGCAACAGCGGCGAGCUGACGGUGCGGCGAGGCCAGACGGUGGAGGUUCUGGAGCGACUCCAUGACAAACCGGACUGGUGCCUCGUCCGGACCACAGACCGCUCCCCAGCCCAGGAGGGCCUCGUGCCCUGCUCAAUGCUGUGCAUCGCUCACUCCAGGUCCUCCAUGGAGAUGGAGGGGCUUUUCAACCACAAAGAUACCCUGUCUGUAUCCAGUAACGAUGCCCUGCAGCCGGGCUCCAGCCACACUCUGGGCCCUCACAGCUCCCCAGGACCCAAACGUCCAGGGAACACCCUGAGGAAGUGGCUGACCAGCCCCGUACGGCGGCUCAGCUCCGGGAAAGCCGAUGGCCACGUCAAGAAGUUCGCCCACAAGCACAAGAAGAACCGUGACGGGACUAGGAAGAACGCAGACGUACUGCCAGGCUCUCAGAAAGACUCUGACGACAGCGCCGCCACGCCACAGGACGAGACCCUGGAGGAGCGUAUGCGUAAUGAGGGGCUAAGCAGUGGUACUCUGUCCAAGUCUUCCUCAUCGGGCAUGCAGAGCUGCGGGGAGGAGGAGGGAGAGGAGGGGGCUGACGCCGUCCCUCUACCGCCUCCUAUGGCCAUACAGCAGCACAGCCUGCUGCAGCCUGACUCGCAGGACGACAAGUCUGCGUCUCGUCUGUCCGGUCGGCCCAGCAGUUCAGAAACUCCGAGCGCCGCUGAACUCGUCAGUGCAAUCGAAGAGCUGGUGAAGAGCAAGAUGUCACUGGAGGACCGGCCCAGCUCUCUGUCAGUGGAGCAUGGCGACAGCAGCUCCCCCUCCUUCAACCCCUCCGACAACUCCCUCCUCUCCUCCUCCUCACCCAUCGAUGAGGUAGACGAGCGCAAGUCUGGCUUCCUCAAGAGAAGACAUUAUGUGCUACUGGAGCUUGUAGAAACUGAAAGAGACUACGUCAGAGAUCUGGGAUCAGUAGUGGAGGGCUACAUGAGCAGAAUGAAGGAGGAAGGAGUUCCAGACGACAUGAGGGGAAAAGACAAGAUUGUCUUCGGAAACAUUCAUCAAAUCUAUGACUGGCACAAAGACUUCUUCCUUGGCGAGCUUGAAAAGUGCUUAGAGGAUCCUGAUAGGCUGGCUGCUCUUUUUGUCAAACAGGAGCGGAGGCUACACAUGUAUAUAGUGUACUGCCAGAACAAGCCCAAGUCUGAGCACAUUGUUUCGGAGUACAUCGACACUUACUUUGAAGACCUCAAGCAGCGUUUGGGCCACAGACUGCAGAUCACUGACCUGCUGAUCAAACCUGUGCAACGCAUAAUGAAGUAUCAGCUGCUACUGAAGGAUCUUCUCAAGGUUUCCAAGAAGGCUGGAGUGGACACAGGGGAGCUGGAGAAAGCUGUAGAGGUGAUGUGUGUCGUCCCCAAACGCUGCAAUGACAUGAUGAACGUAGGACGGCUUCAAGGCUUUGAUGGUAAGAUUGUGGCCCAGGGCAGACUGCUCCUCCAGGACACUUUCAUGGUUUCAGACCAGGAUGGAGGACUUCUGUCCAGGAUGAAGGAGAGGAGAGUCUUCCUCUUUGAGCAGAUUGUCAUCUUCAGCGAGCCCCUGGACAAAAAAAAGGGCUACUCCACGCCUGGCUACCUCUUCAAGAACAGCAUCAAGAUGAGCUGGUUGGGUCUGGAGGAAAACCCAGAAGACCCCUGCAAGUUCACACUGAGCUCCAGGUCAUCGAAUGGCAGCCAGGAGAAGUACACACUCCAUUCAGCCAGCCCUGGGGUCAGUCAGGUUUGGAUUCACCAGGUCAGCCAGAUCCUGGAGAACCAACGCAACUUCCUCAAUGCUCUCACAUCUCCCAUAGAGUACCAGAGGAACCAUGUGGGUGGUGGUGGGUCAGGAGGUCCACCCAGCAGUAGCAGCAGCAGUGGUGGAGGCCUGCCUGGAGGCAGCAGUUCCAAUAGCACCUCUAACAUGGGAGGAGGAGGAGGUGGCGGCGGCGGCUCUGGAGGAUCAGGGGGCAACUCCUCCUCUCUCUGCGGCCCUCGCUCCCGACCCUCCCGCAUUCCCCAGCCCUCUUCACGCCUCCCCCAGCCUGUUCACCACCACCAUCCCCCAGGCCCUGAGGGGCCUGACAGAUCAGCAGGUACGUGGUCGCCUUGCCACCCGCAGACCCCUCAGUCCUUUCCCCCUAACCCCUAUCCAGACACCAUGAUGGAUGGGGAGUUGUUUGCCUCAGAGGUCCCUAAGAUGAGGGUGCUGGAUGGCCCUCGUGGAAGUAACAGUAAUAACAGUAACAAGUCAUCUUGCAGCACCGGGGGCAGUCCCAGACAGGGACUCAGAGGCUGCGAGGAAACCCAGAUGCCUCAGACAGCUUGUAUACCGCAAAUGGCCGUGGCUCCUCUGAAUCUGUCUGUCAAAAACCCUCGAGUCGGGACAGUUUCUCCUCUGACUUCACCUCAGUCCCCUGGAGGAGGAGGCAGCAGCCCAGCUCACAAAGGCAACUCUUUCUGGGCAAUGGUCCCGGCCAUGCCUCCCUCUCCCGCCAGCUGGCCUGGCUCUUUCUCCUACCCUGGUGACAGCGGCAGUGGGGACUCUGUGAGCAGAGGAAACCACGGGACGCCGUCUCACCAUCGCCACUCCACCCACAGUAAGGACAUAGACCGCAUGAGCACCUGCUCCUCCACCAGCGAGCAGUCCAUACACUCCACCCAGAGCAACGGGAGUGAAAGCAGUAGCAGCAGCAGUGUGUCCACCAUGCUGGUGACCCAGGACUAUGUGGCUGUGAAGGAGGAUGAGAUCAGUGUGGUGCAGGGUGAGGUGGUCCAGAUGCUAGCCAGCAACCAGCAGAACAUGUUUUUGGUUUACCGGGCAGCCAACGAGCACUGCCCUGCCGCUGAGGGCUGGAUCCCUGGCUAUGUAUUGGGUCACACCUCAGCCUCCAUCACCCCCGAACUCCCUGAAGGAACCAUCAAAAAAUCAUUAUCAUGGCACACAGCGCUCCGCAUCCGCCGUAAGUCUGAGAAGAGAGAGAAGGAGAGCAGGAAGGACAGCAAGAUAGAGAACGGUUACCGCAAAUCUCAGGACGGCCUGGCCAACAAAGUCUCUGUCAAGCUUCUGAAUCCCAACUACAUAUAUGAUGCUCCACCAGAGUUCCUCAUCCCUGUCAGUGAUGUAGUAUGUGAUGUUGGUGAUAGUGUUACUCUGAGGUGUAAAGUUUGUGGUCGACCUCGGGCCACCGUCACCUGGCGGGGACCCGACAACAACACCCUGACCAACAACGGACACUACAGCAUCACUCACAGUGAGACAGGAGAGGCAGCACUGCGUAUCCUGGGAGUGUCUGUAGAGGACAGUGGUGUGUACACCUGUGUUGCAACAAAUGUAACAGGCUCUGUCACCUCCUCGGCCAGCCUCAGAGUUUCAGGAACCCCUGAUGAUGGCAGUGAUGUCCUCUGGAAGAGCAACUUUGAGUCCUAUUACACAGAGAUCACUGAACUUGGAAGGGGCCGGUUCUCAGUGGCCAAGCGUUGUGACCAGAAGGGUAGUAAACGGACAGUAGCGGCCAAACACGUCAACAAGAAGCUGCUGCGCCGAGAGCAGGUCCUGCAGGAGAUCAGACUCUUGCAGACCCUGGACCAUCCUAACCUGGUCAAACUGCUAGACACAUUCGAGACGGCCAACAGCUACGUGCUUGUACUAGAAAUGGCCGACCAGGGACGUUUCUUGGACUAUAUCGUGAGCUGGGGCAACCUGACGGAGGAGAAGGUGGCUUUGUACCUCAGAGAUAUUCUUGAAGGUCUCCACUACCUGCACAGCUGGAGGAUAGCACACCUCGAUCUCAAACCUGAGAACAUUGUGGUGGAACAUGCGUCUUCCCAGCCGGUGGUCAAGUUGACAGACUUUGGUGACGCGGUCCAGCUGAUGCCCCCAUCCUCCUACAUCCACCCUCUCCUGGGGAGCCCCGAGUUCUCCGCUCCUGAGCUGGUCUUGGGUCAGCCUGCCUCACUGAUGUCUGACCUCUGGAGCUUAGGAGUGGUGACUUAUGUCGUGCUGAGCGGCGCCUCUCCCUUCCUGGAUGAGAGCGUGGAGGAGACGUGCCUGAACAUCUGUCGUCUGGACUUCAGCUUCCCCCAGGACUACUUCCAGGGUGUGAGCCCGUCUGCCAGAGACUUUGUCUGCCUGCUGCUCCAGGGCGAGCCGGAGCGACGACCCUCUGCCGCCUCCUGCCUUCAGGAGCCCUGGCUCCAACCUCGAGGCGCCAUAAGCCGAGACGCCACCUUACAUCACAUGCAGCUGCAAACGCUGCCGUCAUCUCAGAAUCACCACGCCACGCAUCUGGACACCUCCAGACUCAUCUCCUUCAUCGAGAGACGGAAACACCAGAACGAUGUUCGGCCAAUAGGCGCCAUCAAGGCCUUCCUUCACAGUCGCCUGCUCAACCACAUCUGAUUGGUCGCUGUCGAGCUGAUAGAAAGCUGCAGAGCUAGUACGCUGACUCAAAUGGUAACGCCCAUGAUGAUAUCGACGUGGCAGCACCGACUUGUAGCCCCCAGUGUCUGCACUGUUGUGAUCCAGAAUGAAUUCCUGCCUGCGUUGUCCUAUCCAAUGAUUUAUGGUGGAUGUGAAGCGAGCUAACUUCAGCUCAGUGUUUAAAACAAAACAAAAAAAAAACCUACUGAGAGGACGACCAACACCAGCGAGUCACACUGAUGAUGAUCUCCUUCCCCCCCACUAAGCCACAAAAGUCCUGCUGCUGCUGACUGACUGACCUCUGCUGAUAUGCGCUUUGACUCUGAUCUAUGUUGGUUGGUUUUACCAAGACGUUUAGACACUUUUUUUCUCUUCCCCCCCCCCCCCCCCCCCCCCCCCCCCUCCUUGGCAUAUUGUCAUUAUGCCUGCACAACAAAAGAACUGUUUGAAUCUGUUUGAGAUUUCAAACACUGACUUAGCAGGGAGAAAACCAAGCUUUCUUAACAAGCCAGCGUGAGCAAGUCUUGUGUUUUUGGACAGUGUUAAACAGAAAAAAAUAGAACAAUAUUGUAAAAAAAAAAAAAAAAGAAAAAAAGAAAAAAGAAAUUCAGGUUGCUUUUGGUUGAACACAAGAAAACAUUUGUUUUUUUGUUUUGUUUUGUAACGAGAGAUUACUUUUUGUAAAAGAAGACAUGUACAGUAAGGAAACAGAGAAUUGUCUUUAUUCGUACCUUUUGGGAAACAAAGGUUAGCUAGCGAGUAGAAAGAAAACAAGCUGAAUGAGAUAUGUGAACAAAGUGGCGCCCAUCAGCAGGGUCCACUAAUUAUAGAACAAGAUGAAGACCAAAACCAUGUUUUCCAGAAACACACUGUAGUUCUGUUAAAUGCAAUAGUUUGCUUAUCCUUAUGCCCUCCCACCCUACAGUUUGAAAAAGUGAAGUCAUUUCACUGUAGUGUCACAGAGACAGACCUAAUUAACUAGAGAAGAAAAAAAAUAAAAGCUCCUCAGAUUUCUAACUGCAUCCGCCUUACUUUGUAAAUAAAGUGUUCCUGCCUUUCAUUGUCAUUUUGAAGAAUUUGUCUCAAACAAACAGAUGCUAUUUCAUUUGCUGAGUAUUAGUGAGUCCAGUCAGUUGAUGGGCAGUUUCAGGGAGCUGAGAAAUCCCUGUGAAGCCUUCUGUGGCUGGAUUAUCACUAUAAAUAAAACGCUACUAGAAAUGCACUCAUAUUUUGCAUCAAUUCCCAUGUGCAAUGUUGCAGCUUUAACGUUUAUGCAAAUAUUUAUGAGGACUUGUGUUGUAGCCGUAUUCUUAAAAAGGCAUGUACGUACCUGGUACUGCGAUAGAUGUCUGUAUUGUGUUAACUCUUCUGUAUUAAGUUCAGUAUUAAUAUCUUCAAACCUCCAAUCAAGAAGGGGGUUUCAGAAAUAAUGUAUAAAAAAAUGUGUAUAUUAUAUAGGCACUUAUGCUUUCAGUUUGUCAUUGUUACAUUUUUAUUUUCUGUAACUAUACCAAAGUAGACUAUGCUUUAUGUUUUCCCGCUAAGAUGUGUUUUUAUGAUUUAUCAUGUUAAGUUAUGAAAGACCACACUGAACCGAGACGUAUGAGUGUUUACACAGGCUCAGUUUGGCUUUAUUUAUUCUUAUUGUAAUGAGCAGUUGUUUGGUGGUUUAUUGCUGAAAGAACUAAUUAACAUUUCAGAAUCACUUGUCUUUUUUUUUUUUUUUUUUUUUAAAGCUGUGCACAAAGUGGUUUGCUGUGUGACUUUGUUUGUCUUCUGUAGAUAGAUAGUGUUGUAUGUAGUUUUCAGCAUCUCUGUUUGACUUCAUCAUUACUUGGUUAACAUUCUCACCAAGCAAUAGCUCUGGAAAAAAAA